ACAGGAAUGGACAUUUAGAAUAGAGAUAAAUGUAAAAUGUUGCAACUGCACUUCGUCCUGUUUUAUCAAGCCCGAAAUAAUGGCAGAUGAGACACACUGCUCGGAGUUCAGGGACUGGGAGGUGGACACUGCAGCCUGUAAUGGAGUGAAAGAGGAGAAACAGCUUUCUGCUGCUCAGAGAAGAAACUACAGCCUCUGUAGGAGGAAGACGUUUUCUGCCUUUGUUGCGACCAAGAGGAACCACAGUGAAGCGAACGCCCCAUCUUGGCACUGCUGCGGUCAGAUCUUCAACGAUCACUCUGCUAUUCACAAACACGUGGCCCGGACUCACGAUGCUGAAAUCCAGCAGGUCACAAAGGACUCGUACGAACGGUUGUUCAGUAAACUGAAAGAAGAGCCAGAAACAAAGCAGCCCAAUGAGUUUAAAGCUGAGGAUGUAGACAUCUCUACAUGGAUACCCAACGUGAGCCACGUCUCAACGGAGCAGCUCAAAAAUGGUCCAGGGAGGGUUCUCCUCUACUACCACUACUGUCAGGUGAAAGAUCCACACGUCAUCUGUGCCUGGCAGAAAGCUUUGUGUGAGAAACUGCACUUAAGCGGCAAGAUCCGAGUGGCAACAGAAGGCAUCAACGGAACAGUGGGUGGCACCACCGUGGCCACUGACAUUUACAUUGAAGCAAUGCAAUCACACCCGCUGUUCCGGAUGGGAAAAGAUGACUUUAAGAGCAGUGAUGGAGGUGCAGAGUGUUUCACCGACUUGAAAGUCGGUGUCUUCAAGGAAAUCGUCCCCAUGGGGGUGGAUCCUGACGUUCUCUCCUACCAGCAAGCAGGAGUUCAUUUGGAGCCUGAGGAGUUUCACAAAGAAGUGGAAACUCUUCUAGCUAAAGGAGACCUGUGUGACGACACCAUCCUCUUGGACUGCCGCAAUUUUUACGAGAGUAAAAUUGGUCAGUUCACGCAGUGUUUGGCCCCCGACAUCCGGAAGUUCAGCUACUUCCCGGACUACGUGGACCAGAACCUGGAGCUGUUCAGAGACAAGAAGGUGCUGAUGUACUGCACAGGAGGGAUCCGGUGUGAGCGCGGCUCCGCAUACCUCCGCUCCAAAGAGGUGUGUAAAGAGGUUUAUCAGCUGAAAGGUGGCAUUCAUAAGUACCUGGAACGUUUCCCAGAAGGUUUUUACCGUGGGAAACUCUUCGUGUUUGACGAGCGCUACGCCAUCUCCUCCAACAGCGACGUCAUCUCAGACUGCAGGUACUGCGGCUGUCCGUGGGACCGCUACGAGCUCUGUUCCACCCGGUCCUGCUGCCAGCUGGUUCUGUCCUGUACGAGCUGCAGGCAGGACGGACGCACGGCGUGCUGCCCCACCUGUCAGGCCAAAGGGCGGGCUCGGAUCGAGGCCUCGCCGCCGCACAAAGAGGAGUGCGAGUGCACCGACCAACGGCCCAGAAUCCCUCAGGAUGUGCCGCCGCACCCCGACUGAGAAAUCUGAUCCAUUGGAAGUGGAUGGAAAAUUUGAACUUUCAAGAAUAUGUAUAUUUGCUGAUUUUAUAUGUGAAUUACUGUAAACAUUUUAUCUUCAAUAACAACAAAACCAUCGUUUCCAAUUACAGUUCAGAACUGUCAUGACUGUUUUCUUUCCACCUAUACUGCUUUGUCCAACUUGAGAGGAGCUACAGUAUUUUAUUUUUUUAAAGCAAGUUUAAGAUCGUUUUUUUUUUCAAUCACCUAAAAGCUAACAACGAACACACAUAUAGAAAAUGAACAGUUUUGCAGAUCCCGUGUGCGCAUG